AUGUCUUUCAGAUCAAAUGAUGAUCUCUCCUGUCCUGUCUGCCGUGAUAUAUUUAGAGAUCCUGUUGUCCUCCCAUGCAGCCACAGCUUCUGCAAAGCCUGCCUGAGGAACUGGUGGACAGAGAAACGAAUACAGGAGUGUCCAGUUUGUAAAAGAACAUCAUCAAGGAGUGACCCAACUUGCAACUUAGUAUUGAAAAAACUGUGUGAUUCAGUGUUACAGAGGGGACAGAGGAGAACUGCAGUGUCUGAGACCCUCUGCAGUCUCCACAGUGAGAAUCUCAAACUCUUCUGUGUGGACCAUCAGCGGCCAGUAUGUGUCGUCUGUCUGCAUUCAGAUGAGCACUCCAGACACAAAUUCAAACCAAUUAAUGAAGUUGCAUCAGUUAACAGAGCUCACCUCCAGAAAUCCCUGAAACCCUUAAAAGAGAAACUGAAGCUUUUUCAACAAGUUAAAGAAAACUGUGAGAAAACGGCAGAGCAUAUCAAGGUCCAGGCCCAAAACACAGAGAGGCAGAUCAAGGAGCAGUUUCAAAGGCUGUGCCAGUUUCUACAAGAAGAAGAGGAAAACAGAAUUGCCCUUCUGAAGAAGGAAGAGCAGCAGAACAGUCAGGAGAUUACAGAGAAGAUUAAGGCUCUGAGCAGAGAGAUAGACAGUCUUUCAGACACAAUCAGUGCCACAGAGAAUGAGCUGAGAGCUGGAGACGUCUCAUUCUUGCAGAACUACAAGAUCGCAACAAUAAGAGCUCAAAGGCGCCCCCUGCUGGAUGACCCACAGCUGGUUCCAGGAGCUCUGAUAGAUGUGGCCAAACACCUGGGCAACCUGGGCUUCAAUAUCUGUAACAACAUGAAGAAACUGUUUUCCUACUCACCUGUGAUUCUGGAUCCCAACACAGCAAAUCCAGAACUCGUUCUGUCUGAAGAUCUGACCAGUGUGAGAUGUGAAAGUGAACAGAUGCUCCCUGACAACCCUGAGAGGUUUGAUUACUGUCGCAUUGUUCUGGCCUCUGAGGGCUUUAACUCAGGGACUCACAGCUGGGACGUUGAGGUUGGAGAAAGCAAGGACUGGUUUGUGGGUGUUGCUGCAGAGUCCGUUCAGAGAAAGGGAAAGCGCCCGUCCUGUUUAUGGAGAAUAGGAUGCUUUAAUGGUAAUUACAUAGCACGGUGCUUAUCGGAUCCCUCGUUGGCUCUUACACUGAAAACAAAGCCCAGAAAGGUCAGAGUUCACCUAGACUGGUACAGGGGAAUACUGUCAUUCUUUGACCUAGAUACGAACACACACAUACACACCUUCACACACACUUUCACAGAGAAGCUGUUUCCAUAUUUUAACACUGUAAAUGUGUAUCCACUGAAGAUAAUACCCAGGAAAAUAGCGCUAAAGCCCUGGUCAGACAGUAUUAGUGUAGGAGUCUAA